AUGAUGGACAAGGCCAAUCAGUCUACUGUCUCUGAAUUUGUUUUGUUAGGACUCUCUAAUUCUUGGGAACUGCAGAUAUUUUUCUUUGUGGUGUUCUCACUUUUUUAUGUGGCAACAAUGCUGGGUAAUAGCCUUAUUGUCAUCACAGUUACAGCUGACUCCCACCUACACUCUCCAAUGUAUUUCCUGCUUACCAAUCUUUCCAUCAUUGAUAUGUCUCUUGCUUCCUUUGCUGUUCCCAAGAUGAUUACAGACUAUCUAACUGAUCAUAAAACUAUCUCUUUUGAUGGCUGCAUCUCCCAGAUAUUCUUCCUCCACCUUUUCACUGGCACAGAGAUUGUUUUACUCAUGGCUAUGUCUUUUGACAGGUAUAUUGCGAUUUGUGAGCCACUGCGCUAUACUUCAAUCAUUAGUCCCCAGGUGUGUGGUGCCCUGGUAAUGGCUUCCUGGAUUGUGGGAAUCAUGCAUUCAAUGAGCCAGGUCAUAUUUGCUCUCUUGUUACCAUUCUGCGGUCCCAAUAAGAUAGAUAGCUUUUUCUGUGACCUUCCUGUGGUGUUCCAGCUGGCUUGUGUGGACACUUAUGUUCUUGGAUUCUUUAUGAUCUCAACAAGUGGCAUAAUUGCUUUGUCUUGCUUUAUUCUUCUAUUUAAUUCAUACGUGAUUGUGCUGGUUACUAUCAAGCAUCAUUCCUCUGGAGGAGCAUCUAAGGCCCUUUCCACCUGCACAGCUCAUUUUAUUGUUGUCUUCAUGUUCUUUGGGCCAUGCAUCUUUGUCUAUAUGUGGCCACAAAACAGCUUUGUGAUAGAAAAGAUCCUGUCAGUGUUUUAUAUCAUCUUUACUCCCAUUCUUAACCCAGUGAUAUAUACUUUGAGAAAUCAAGAAGUAAAGGCAGCCAUGAAGAAAAUGAAAAACAGGUUUCUAAGUUUCAGGAGGGAAAUUCCUCAUUCUUUAUAG